AUGGGGCUGACACGGGAGGGGGGUGUCCUGCUGUCCAUGGUGCUGGUGCUGCUGUGGACCCUUGCCAUGGCCGAGACCAACUGGACGUCCAUAUCCGAGUUCAUGCUCCUGGGCCUGUCUGAACGCCAGGACCUGCAGCAGCUGAUCUUCGCGGGGUUCCUGGUCACCUAUCUGCUGAACUUAGUUGGCAACUCCAUGCUUGUGGGGCUGGUGUGGACCGACCCCCAGCUCCACAGCCCCAUGUAUUUCCUCAUCAGCCAGCUUUCUAUGGUGGACAUAGGCAUGGUCUCCAUCAUCCUGCCCCAGGCCUUGGUGCACACCUUGAGUCAGCACUGGGCCAUCCCCUUCACCAGCUGCGCCGUGGGCAACAUGGAGGGCUUCCUGCUGGCUGCCAUGGCCUACGACCGCUACGUGGCCGUCUGCAACCCACUGCGCUACGCCGCCAUGGUGACGCGGUCCCUGUGCCUCAAGAUGGCGGCUGCCUUCUGGGUCGUGGUGAUCUCGCAUUCUCUGCUGCACACCGUCAUGGCCGCCCGGCUGCGUUACUGCAGCAACCGCCUGCAGAAUUUCUUCUGCAACCUCCAACUCCUGCUGCGCCUCCCCUGCACCCGGCCUUUCGCCAACGAGAUGGUGAUCUCCACCGUGAGUCUCUUGGUGACCGUGGUCCCUUUCACCUUCAUCCUGGUCUCCUACGCCCGCAUUGGGGUCACUGUUGUCCGCCUGCGCUCGGCCCAAGUUCUGCACAAAGCCCUGUCCACCUGCAGCUCCCACCUGACCGUGGUGUUGCUCAUGUACGGCAGCGUGCUCUGGUUCUACCUCCACCCAGACUCCAGCAACACCCCGCACAAACAGCAAGUGACCUUCUUCUACACCUCAGUGGUGCCCACCCUGAACCCCCUCAUCUACAGCCUGAGGAACAAGGACGUGGCCGCAGCCCUGAGGAGGGCAAAGAAGAAGGUCCUGGGUUGAGGCACAUGAGGCCAGCUGUACUACGCAUGGAUUUUACACUCAAGAUGUGGCUGGGAAACCUUCCCUCUUUCCUCUCCCAGGACUCCUGGGUUCUUUUCUCCUCAGACAUGAAGCUGAGGAAACGAACACACGUGUAGGGCAGUGACUCUCAAACUUUUUGGCUCACCCUGUUCAACGCAAACCUUUCUAUGGCCCACUACUUCUUAAUGGAAACUUGCCGUCAAUUACAUAAUUAUGCCCGAGCCCUUUUGCAAGUGCUGAAGCUGGGGAGAAUGGCUUCAUUUAACCAAUACAAAAUUAUUAACCAGAUUAAGCACUUUAACUUCUCUCAUGUUCAUUUUAA